UGUUGAGUUCCUACGUAUCUUCGGAUCAGUGAUCGAUAUCGUAUAGUUAGUUGGCCGAACCAGUUUUUUUGUGUGGUCUUUGUGGUUAUAACAAGCUGAUCGUAAGAUGUUAUACCGCUUUUAAUGCAAUGAGAUUUAGCCUUUAAUAGCAGCUCGGCGCAACCAAUAUGACAUCUAAACAGCAGUCGUAUGGUGGAUUUCGGAUUGUGGAUUUCUUUUUCUAAUCUUUGGAUUUCCCGGGAAGAACGCAUGCUUCUACCAUUCACCACCGUUGAGUUCGUUGCGACGGCUCUCGGUAAACAGGGCUGCCUGACAUCAUGGAAUACAAGUGCGAUCUCUGUUCCAAAGUCUGCAAAUCAUCGCACGGUUUAUCUGCGCAGCGAGACUCGGAAGUGUGCAAGAAAGCUCAACGCAAAGCUCUCCGUCUCGCGCCUUCGACAGCUCCACAGCGUGCAGCCCCACAGCCUGCAGCUGGCUCCUCACGCUCUGGUGCUCCAGCUACAGUGCCCAUUCCCACAGCCACAGGAAACAAUUCUGCCGGAGCAGCCCCUACCCCGCCUCAAAUUCCAAAGGCCUUCCACCCAUCGAAGGAACGAAUUCUUCGCCGCAUUCCACAUGGAGCCAGGCCUGCGGCAAGACAGUUUCCGCAAAAAGCGCUGCUGGAAGUUGCGACUAAGAACGAUAGUAAGUCCUGGCUGAAACUGCUCGCUUUCGCCUCAACAGCACUCCGCCUGCCUGCCAAGACGAAAACGGAGCGCACCAGUUCUUUGGCAUCUGCAGUGAAGAAGAACCUGGAUUUGUACGAUCGCGAUGUCCAGUUCCUUCCUUCGCAGCCCCCCAGUGCCAAGAAGAAAAGGAGUACCGACGAAGACCUCGCCCGUCGCGUAGGCCAGAAAAUCGAUGACGGAUCUGUCUCCGGUGCGAUGCGUGUCGUGAUAUCCACGGACUCCAUCGCGGAGAUUACUCAGGAGACUCUGAAGGAGCUCAGGGCAAAGCACCCCGAAUGCCCCCCUCCGCUCGUGACGCCUCCUCCUGCCGACACGCCUUCAGCGCCACCUGUGAACCCUGCGGAUGUUUUUGCAGCUAUCCACAGCUUCCCACGAGGAUCUGCGGCAGGUCCCGAUGGUUUGCGGCCACAGCACUUACUUGACAUUGUUGGUGGAAAAAUUGACGACCACAGCGGGCAAUUUUGUGAAUCUCUUGCGUCCGUCCUUAACCUCGUUCUACAGGGAAACGUGCCUACCGACAUUCAUCCUACAUUUUUCGGAGGAAAGCUGCUGGCCCUUCGAAAAAAAGACGGUGGUCUGCGCCCGAUUGCGGUAGUAUUAACCUUACGCCGUGUGAUAGCCAAGAUCGUUUGCACUAAAGUUGCGGAGCGAGCAACCGCCAUCCUUUCGCCGGUGCAGCUUGGUUUUAAUGUGCGUGGUGGAGCUGAGGCCAUAGUCCACGCCCCACGGUACUAG